AUGAGAGAGUUCAAAUCGUUCAGCAGCACGGAGCAAAGCACCUUGCCACAGGCCCACAAGAGUCCCACUUACAGCGAGAUAUAUGCUGAGCCUGAAAACUUCCUUGAAGUCGAAGUGAGAAACCCAAAGACGCACAUACCCAACGGAACAGACACCAGGGGAAUGUUCACCGAUUACGAAAUCAUCUGUCGCACGAACCUGCCAAGCUUUCAUUCCAGAGUCUCCAGGGUCAGAAGAAGGUACUCCGACUUCGAGUUCUUCCGCAAGUGUCUGAUAAAAGAGCUGUCUAUGUAUAACAACCAUCCCAAGGUUGCCAUUCCGCAUCUCCCCGGCAAAAUACUACUGAGCAACCGCUUCAAUGACGAUGUCAUAGAGGAGCGGCGGCAGGGACUCAACAAGUGGGUCCAGGCAGUUGUGGGUCACCCACUCUUACAAUCGGGUUCCAAGACGCUGGUACGGUUCAUCGAGGACAAGAAGUUUGUAGGCUAG